AUUUUUCGGUGCAGUCAGGGAGGGACAUUGCAACAAUGGGGGACGGCCAGUUGCGCUACAGCACUGAAAUUUCGAACGAUCACUACUACAAGUACAGAACGAGACCAGGGGAACUAAACAAAUACUUCACCUUGUACUACCCCAAUGACUCUGAAAUGAUACCAAAAACCGUAGCAGGUGCUCUUGUCGGGAGUAUCCCAGGAGGAUUAGCAGCAUCUGGUGCUCUUCUCUACGACAAACAAGGCUUUCAACUCCUGAGGGCAGCGGAGAGAUGUUUCCGGCACUUCACACCCUGGGUUGUCUCCGGAGCCACAUACGGGCUGGGAGUUAGCACAGCUGCUCAGAUCAGGAAGAAGGAAGAUUUUUACAACCACAUGCUGGGUGGAUACGGGGCUGGAACCAUGAUUGGCGUCUGGUACAAGUCCCACCGCAUGGGUGCCUGGCUGGGUCUCCUGUUUGCCGGCCUGGGUGGGUUGAUGAAGUAUAUCAAGGACACGGACGGCGACAUGAAGGGCGAGAUGCGACGGACGCGUGUGUUCAACAUGUACCGCACGGGAUGGAUGGUCGACCGACCCGACCAGGAGGGGGUCAAGGACGGCGAGGUCAACGCUUCCUUCCAGAAAUAUCGCUCUUAGUCUUCGUCUUAGAGAGUUGAGUGUUGUUUUUGUUGUUUUGUUUGAUAGGAUAUAAAAAUAGAUUGUUGUGAGUGGGUGCUGUGUCGUCUAACUGACCAGUCUGUCCCUACUGUUGUUGGUUUAUUUGUGUGUCCACGUUUUGGCAGUGUGGAGACCAGGAGAGCCAGGCUAAUGAUGUCACAUAGGUGAAGGAGACUGAUGAUGUCACAGAUGAAGAAACAACAGGUUCGAGCUUGGUAACUGUCAGGAAGAUUGGAACAGCUGAGACACUCAAAGUUAACGAGUCGUUGGCGUUCAGAAGAACAGCAAAAAAAAACAUGUGAAAUUGUCUGAGACCAUUGUGUGAAUGUUUGUCAACUCUAGGAAGAAGAAGAUGAUCCGACUUUGUAAAUAAAUAAAUUGAAAUUAAAUGA